AUUGCGCCACUUCCGGUUUCCCGUUUCAGUUUCCUGCUUCGAAGCCUCCACGAUGCGGCCGCUCACCGAAGAAGAAACCCGCGCGCUCUUCGAGAAACUCUCCAAAUACAUCGGGGAGAAUAUCCAGCUCCUGAUCGAGCGUCCGGACGGAGCCUACUGCUUCCGCCUCCACAAGGACCGUGUCUACUACCUCAGUGAGAGGAUCUUGAAGCUGGCUACAAACGUUCCCCGCCAGAACCUGAUCUCCUUGGGCACUUGCUUUGGGAAGUUUACCAAGACACAGAAGUUCCGCCUCCACAUCACUGCCUUGGAUUACCUGGCCCCUUAUGCAAAGUACAAGGUCUGGGUGAAGCCCAGUGCAGAGCAGUCCUUCCUCUACGGGAACCACGUCCUGAAGUCCGGCUUGGGGCGCAUCACAGAAAGCACGUCCCAGUACCAAGGAGUGGUGGUCUACUCCAUGGCUGAUGUCCCGUUGGGCUUUGGAGUGGCGGCCAAGUCUACCCAGGAGUGCCGCAGGAUGGACCCCAUGGCCAUCGUAGUCUUCCACCAAGCAGACAUCGGGGAGUACAUCCGGCACGAAGAGACCCUGACUUAAGUCCAGGGAACCCCAAAGACUUGGAAAAACAAGAGAUUAUAUUCUGGACUUUUUGUCACCCCCUUUUCUAUAGACUGGAGAGCCUACUUGUGUGUAUUUGGAAGCAGUGGAGAAACAGCCGCUUGUUCGGUGAUGGAUCAAGUAUCACCGCUAUGCUUUUUUUUGGGAUGUAAUCACAGACCUAACUGGUCUGGCAGGAAAUGAUAAAAGAUAUUUGAUUGUA